ACUCCGAGGACGCACUCGCGUUUGCGCUUUACGCACAACCGCUCGUAGAGUGCUGUCAGCACACAGAUUCUCGGAAAUAAAGCAGAUCGGAUCCCGACGCCUUGGAAUUGGCAUAGUUUUCGUGUUGACAAGCGGGACUGCAGCCGAGCUCAAAUUUGUUCUUUAAUCGUACUGGAAAUGGACCGUGCGUAAAGCUGUGUGCGUUCCGGACAGGAGCUGUCACUCGCCCACCUGUUGCCAGGUGGCGUUGGCCUUAACUUUUGGACGUCUACUAUGACAUUAGGUUUAGAAGGUAUUGUCAUGGAGGAUAUUGUUAUCGACGUGGUGGGGGAAGGACUGAAAGACAGCGGAGAAGAGCAGCUUUCACUUUCAGAGGAGUCUCGGAGCGAGCAGGAACGCAGCGCGGAGACUUCCUGCAGCCAGACCGAAGAUCCGGUGUGUCCUCCUCCUACUAAAACCAAAACCCCCGCGUCCGUGAAGCCCCCAUACUCGUAUAUUGCUCUGAUAACCAUGGCCAUACUGCAGAGCCCAAAGAAACGCCUCACCCUCAGUGAGAUAUGUGACUUCAUCAACCACCGCUUCGCUUAUUAUCGGGAAAAAUUCCCAGCCUGGCAGAACUCUAUCAGACACAAUCUGUCCUUGAAUGACUGCUUUGUAAAGAUGCCCAGAGAGCCCGGAAACCCUGGCAAAGGGAACUACUGGACGCUGGAUCCAAAUUCUUCCGAUAUGUUUGAGAACGGGAGCUUCCUGCGGCGGAGGAAGCGCUUUAAGCGGCAGCAUUUUCGCUUCGAUCCGCUAAAGGACCAGCACCUGGAGCCGAACGGGCUUCACUGCUUUACACACGGCGCUUAUGGCCUCGGUGCGGCGGCUCUGCAGCUACCCGGUCUGGAGAUCUACCCCUUCCUCCACCACCAUCAUCAUACUCCUUCUCCGUGUGGCUCCGCCGCCAUCCCACCUGUCAGCAGCAUCCUGCCGGCUCUGUCUACCUUCUUCUCCCGCAGCGCCCUCACAGCCAAGGCCUUCCUGCAGUCACAACCGAGAUUGGACGCCUUCUCCCCGGCCCAGUGCGCUGCGUAUUCCCCUCCUCUCACCUCCAGCGCUCCUUACGCGCCCCAUUGUCUCUUCCACCCGGCAGCUUCUCCUCAGCUCCUCGGUUUGUCCCAGGAGUACCAGAAACUACAGACUCAGCGGAGCAGCGGAGAACUAACCAAACACAUCAACGCCAAUAACGAAUAAUCCCAUAAAACCAGAUUUAAACAUGUGUUUUCUCAGGUAACAGAGACCUUAAAAGAACAAUAUUACAGUUGCUGAACGUGAAAUGGAUGAAACUCUCUUUGCUUUACAGCAAAUCCCUCAGCAGGCGCUUUUUUGUAUUUGUUCAUGACUUAUCAUCAUUUGUUUUAAUAUUUAAAUGGCACGUUUCCUAAACCCUUUUCUCUGGAAAAAUAAAGUUGAAGAUUUAAACCUCGCCUUAACUCAUAUUUAUGUUCAGACG